AUGAAGGCCGUGUUGCUGUUUGUUGUGCUGGCCGGGUCCUUGGCCCCUGCCACCGUGGGUGGCGGGGAUUAUGGCCCCGCGCCCCCCGGUGGCUAUGGAAACGACGGAUACAUGCCCAUGCCUCCCGGCGGCUAUAGUGGCGGUGGGUUCAACUCCAUGUCUUCCAGCGGCUAUGGCAACGAUGGAUCUAGUCCCGAGCCUUCCAGCGGCUACGGCAACGAUGUUAAUUACGAUUCCAAGCCUUCCGGCAACUACGGCGGCAAUGGUGGCAGCAGUGGCUACGACUCCAAACCAAUGGACUAUGGUGGCGGCGGUGGCUACGAUUCCAAACAGCCUAUGGGCUACGGUGGUGGCGGCGGAGGCUACGACUCCAAACCUAUGGACUACGGCGGCAGCGGUGGCUAUGAUUUCAAACAGCCUAUGGGCUACGGUGGUGGCGGCGGAGGCUACGACUCCAAACCUAUGGACUAUGGUGGCAGCGGUGGCUAUGAUUCCAAACAGCCUAUGGGCUAUGGUGGCGGCGGUAGUGGCUACGAUUCCAAACCAAUGGGCUAUGGUGGCAGCAGUGGCUAUGAUUCCACACCACCUAGUGGCUAUGGCGGCUACGAUUCCAAACCAAUAGGCUAUGGCGAUAGCAGUGGCUACGAUUCCAAACAACCUAUGGGCUAUGGUGGCGGCGGUAGUGGCUUCGAUUCCAAACCAAUGGGCUAUGGUGGCAGCAGUGGCUAUGAUUCCAAACCACCUAGCGGCUAUGGCAGCAGCGGUGGCUACGAUUCCACACCACCUAGCGGCUAUGGUGACAACAGUGGCUACGAUUCCACACCGCCUAGCAGCUAUGGCGGCAGCGGUAGCUACGAUACCAAGCCUUCCAGCGGCUAUGGUAACGACGGCUACAGUUACGGUUCCAUGUCCUCCAGUAGCUAUGGCGGCGGUGGGUACAGUUACAGUUCGAAGCCCAGCGUUUCCUACGGCUGGGGCGGAGUUAUAAGCAAAACCACCCGUCGAUGCGGUGUCGCCAGGCGGGACGACAGAGACAAAUGCCGGGGAUACGAAUGCUACUACCGUGGAUACGGGUACAGGCCCGAGUUGGGAAUUAACGACAGUGGGUACGGUUAUGGUGGUUCUGGAGGUCCUGCAAUCGAGAACAAUGCCGGUUAUCGGGCUCAUCCUUGGAUGGCUGCCAUCCUCCAGGGUAAAGAACGGCGAUUCCUGUGCUCGGGAGCACUCCUGAGCGACUGGGCGGUGAUAACAGCCGCCAACUGCGUCUACCGACUGGGCGACGCCAGCAUCUGGGUCCGCCUGGGCGACUGGGACAUUAAGACGGACAACCGCGUGGAGACCUACCCCGACUACGAGAGUUCCGUGAAGCGGAUACUCCCGCACCCGGGCUUCGACCCCCGGACGAAGCAGUACGACGUCGCCAUCAUCGUCCUGAAGCGCCCGGUGGACCUUGCCAAGUACCCGAGCAUCGUGCCGGUGUGUCUGCCGGACAAGUACGACUAUGUGGGGGGAAACUGCUACACGGCGGGGUGGCACCAGGCUCCCACCAAGGAGAUCUCGGAGGUCAUCACCAUCACGGACGGGUCCAAUCAGGGGGGGUACGGCAACAGCGGCUAUGGCAGUUAUGGCGGCUACGGCGGCUUCAAGGCCAAUUCCUAUACGUUCUACACCCGGGAAUACAGCAAGAUCCUGCAGGAAGCAGCCGUGAAACGCAUGGAGAAGGAGUGGUGCCAGAGGGAGCUCUCAUCCGACCGGCCUUACCAGUUGAUCCGCCCUCAGGAGUGCAUCUUCGGUCAGCGUGGAGACAGAGCUUGCAUCGCUGACGUGGGAUCUCCAGUGGUGUGUGAGCGUCAGGACAAACUGAAGCGGGAGGCCGCGUCUGACCCGCAGACUUCCACAACCCCCUCUCCGGACGACGACGAUCCCGACGAGGAAGACGACGAAGACAGCAGCCCUCGUCGUUCCAACCCUGACCUGAACCGCGACAUGAAUCCCAUGCGUCCCGUCCCGACCACAACUCCUAACCCCCACGUCACAACAGCCCAGCCAGGGAGGGAACCCGGUCGAAAGGAUCCUGCUCCCGAUCAAACGGAAGAACCCCGUCCUCGAUAUUUCGACGUCGGAUACGGGUACGACGACGAUGAUUACCCCAACAGUCGCACGUACCGAGACGUGGACUCCAAGCGUCCCGAUCCGACCACGACCCCCAAUCCCCACGUCACGACACCCGACCCGCACGUCACAACCGCCAAGCCAAGGAAGGAGUCUGAUCCCGAUCCGAGAGAUCCCAACCCUCGAUACCUCGACUUCGAAUACGACUACGGCAGAUCGAUCCUGGGCAGCGAAGAAAACUACAGACGCAUGUCCCGCGACGUGGACCCCAAGCGUCCCGACCCGACCACGACCCCCAAUCCCCAUGCCACGACCCCCAACCCGCACGUCACAACCGCCCAACCAAGGAAGGAUCCCGCUCUCGAAACCACGGAACCACCCCAUCCUCGAUAUCUCGACUACCACUACAACUACCGACGCAUGUCCCGCGCCGUGGACCCCGAGCGCCCCAACCUUACCACCACCCCGAACCCACACGCCACCACCCCCGACCCCCACGCCACGACCGCCAACCCAGGAAGGAAAGAAGCGAUCAAUCUUACAGAUCCCAACCCUCGAUAUCUCGACUACGAAUACGGCUACGAAUACGGCCUCGACGCCAGAUCCUUCCUGGACGACGACGACCACCCCCACAGAUGGACGUACCGAGACGUGGACUCCCGUCGUCCCUCCUCCACCACCCCUCACCCCUCCUCCACCACUCCCCAGCCCUCCUCCACCACCACUCCCCCCCUGCACAAAUUCCGCAUCCCCCCUCGCAAACUCCCCAACGCUCAAGAAGAAAAACCCACCCAAGACUCGGAGCGUUUGGGUCGGUCUCUCUUUGGCAACGACCAAGACCCUCGUCGGCCCUACAAGGGCCGCAGGUCGACCUUCACCCUGGAGGGCGUCGUCUCCUGGACCUUCGACUGCUCCGCUUCCACUUACGGUCCCAGUUAUGUCGGUUUCGGCGAGUCCGACCGACCUGCUAUCGUCACUCGCGUUCGAGAUGUUCUCGAUUUCGUUUUAGGCGUCCUCGAUGCCAAAUUCUGAUUCAGUUUAUCGUGGUGCUAAUAUAUUUAUAUGGAUUUUAUUAUAAUAAACCACACUAUCUGAAUAA